AUGUCCAAAUUGGGCCCAAUUAGCCAUUUCCCUCCCCGGUGUCAUGUGACUUGUUAGUCUUACAAGGUCUCAGGUGUGAAUGGGGAGCAGAUGUGUUAUAUUUGGUGUUAUUGCUCUCACUCUCUCAUACUGGUCACUGGAAGUUCAACAUGGCACCUCAUGGCAAAGAAGUUAGAGCGGUUUCUAAAACUAUAUAACUAUGCUCUACAUAAAGAUGGACUAGGCUAUAAGAGGAUGGCCAAGACCCUGAAACUGAUCUGCAGCAUGGUGGCCAAGACUAUACAGUGGUUUAACAGGACAGGUUCCACUCAGAACAGGCCUCGCCAUGGUCGAUGAAAGAAGUUGAGUGCACAUGCUUAGUGUCAUAUCCAGAGGUUGUCUUUGGGAAUUAGACAUAUGAGUGCUGCCAGCAUUGCUUAAGAAGUUGAAGGGUGGGGGGUCAGCCUGUCAGUGCUCAGACCAUAUGCCGUACACUGCAUCAAAUUGAUCUGCAUGGCUGUCAUCCCAGAAAGAAGCCUCUUCUAAAGAUGA